AUGGAUCUCCAAGGCACUCCUCUUCCCCACGGCGCUCGCAGCACCAAGGUCACCAAUGAUCCCCGGGCUCAGCAGCCCAUCGAAGAGCCUUCUGGCCCCAUCACCAAUGACUCCCUUGCCGCUGAGUCUGUCCGCGAGGGCGGUGCUUUCUCUGGCAACCGCGGCGCCGAGCCCAUGGGUGUCUCUGGCAACCAAUCCACUGUGAACAACACCGACACCUCGUCUGCCACCAAGCUGGGCUCCGUUCCCGUCGGCGGUCUUCGCGAGGACCGCGAGAGCCAGCAGAAGUACCCCGAGGCUCUCGGUGGCCAGGGUAACUUCCCCGGCACCCACCUGUCCCAGUCUGGCUACACCGGAGGCUCAACCGCCGCCAAGAAGGAACUUGGCCUCAACGCUGGCGAGUACUCUACCGCUAGUGGCAGCGGCCAGAGCCAGUACAACGCUGGUCAAGCUCCAUCCUACGUCAGCGAUGUGACCGGUGACAUUCAGCACCCCAAGCCUGAUGGUCGCGGCAUCCACGAGGGUGGCUUCCACUCCAACGACGCAAAGAACGCUAGCUUCAAUGCUGACAUUGGCUCUGAGCAAGACCCUGGUCGUGAGGCUAUCAACCAGUUCCAGCGCAGCAACGCCCGCACUGCCAACGACGCUGGCCGUCCUGACGAGCAAAAGAUUCACGCUCAGACCCCUUACGAGCACCUUCAACAUGACCAGCGCGCCUAA